GUAUUUAAAACUUUUUGAGAUCUAUCAUAGGCUGUCAUCCCGAAAAUUGGGGCAUCUGUUGCUCGACUAUUUACUACACUGAUAGACGAUUUGCGCUGGUCCUGUAUUAUAUCAGCCGAAGGAAACGUUAUACCGUGAACUCCAUAACAAAGUUUUCUUGAGCAUUACCGGAGAUUCGCUGAGUGUGUGUGGACAAUGCAAGAAGACACCCCGCUGGUUCUGUUUCUACCACGUCUGGCUUCAGGGAAGGGUUCUCUUCCAGCCAUGUGGCCAGCGGCACACAAAUUCUCCUUCAGCAUCCUUAUUUUGAACCUCUGCAGCUUGGCCUCAGCAGGUCCAUUGUCUCGGAGCCCUUGUGAACUGCUGCCAGUUGGUGUGGGUCACCCAGUUCAGGCCAUGCUAAAGAGUUUCACCGCCCAGUCAGGCUGUGCUAGCCGAGGAACCACCACCCUCCCUCAGGAGGUACACGUCAUCAACCUACAAAAGAGCCAUGAACAAAGAGCUGAAGAGAAACCAGCAGAGGUGGCGUUACAUCUGCAGCCCAUCCAAUCCCUGCCUUUGCAUCAGAAACCGCUGGUCUUUGUCCUGAAUUCCCCUCAGCCUGUGCUUUGGAAGCUUUGGACAGAGAAACUGGCCCCAGGAGUCAAACGCGUUUUCCAUGUUGCAGAUGGUUCUGACGUGCAGUUUGAGGCAGGAAAUUUCUCCCAGUCUUAUGAAGUGAAGGUGGAAAAUCUUCCUCAUGAUAAUGAGCAGCUGCUGACCUGGGCACAUCAGCGCUACCGUGCUGUUACCUCAUUCAGUGAAUUUAAGAUGACCCAGGAUGUCUACAUCAAGGUUGGAGAGGAUCCCGUCUUCUCAGAGACUUGUAAGAUUAAUAACAAGUUCCUGUCUUUGAACUACCUGGCCAGCUACAUCCAGCAUCAGCCAUCUACAGGGUGUGUUCUCUCAGGCCCUGAUCAUGACCAGGAGGUUCACAUCAUUGAGCUCCAGGCACCAAACUCCAGCAGUGCAUUCCAGGUGGAUGUGAUCGUGGAUUUAAGACCAUUGGAUGGUGAUGCUCCUCUUCAUCGUGAUGUCGUGCUGCUUCUGAAAUGUGUGAAGUCAGUGAAUUGGGUGAUCAAGGCCCACAGCGUCAUUGGCAAACUGGACAUAGUGACAUCAGACAGUGUCAGUCUGAGUGAAUCCACAGAAAGACUGAUGCAGGUGUCAAAGACAGUGAAGCAGCAACUGCCUGCAGGACCUCAGGCUCUGAUCAAGUGGGCAGAGGAGAACGGAUUCAAACCUGUGACUUCCUACACUAAGACCCCUGUUGCCAACCAUUUCAACCUGCGCCUCAGAGAACAAGAUCUAGGGAUUAUGGAUGACGGUAUGUUCCCACCAGAACUGUCUAUUCUCCGCAAUGCCAACCCACUUCCAAAACCCAGCGUCUGGGAUUCCUCUGCGAGGACAGGACUGCCCUUCCACUUCCUGCCCUCCCUGGAGAAGGGCCUUCCAUUACCACCUCUGUCCCCAUCUCUAGAGGAGAGUUUGUAUCUGGCUGGGGGUCCUGAGGAGCAGCAGGGGGCUGCUAGCGUAGGAUUCAAUGUGCAGUGUGAGAAGAAUAAGAUGGUGGUCAGCAUUGACAAGGAAACUCUACAGGCAAAUGGGUUUGGAAAAGCCAAUAUCACUCUUCAGGACUCCCAAUGCAAAGCAACCUCCAACACCACCCACUAUAUACUGGAGACUCCCCUGUUUGGCUGCCAAACCACCAAAUAUCCCUUCCACCCCAGCCCUGCAGUGCUCUAUAUCAAUUCAAUUGUUAUUAGCCAAUCAGAACAGAGAGAUGGUAGUGGCUGGCCUGCUGAUUAUGAAGAUCUGGAGCCGGGAGAUGUUGUAUUCCCAGGAGACCUGGAGGUGACAGAAAGAAUUUUACCAGAGAGUGGACAUCGCACCACUAUCUUGUUCAACUGCACGUACCGUAAGAACCAGGACACCCCAGUUGAUUUUGAUUUUGGAGCUGAUGAUACUGCUGUAGACUCUCUGGACAAUGUAACCUUCAAUAUGGAGCUUUAUAACAAUCCCUUCCGCUACUCCAGCACCCAGUCAUUCCUCACCAUCACUGAGAACAAGCCCAUCUAUGUGGAGAUAUCAGCUACUAAAGCAGACCCCAACCUUGGCUUCAUGAUUCAGACCUGCUUCAUCUCUCCAGACUCCAAUCCUCUCAUGCCGUCAGAAUAUGUCGUCAUCGAGAACAUCUGUCCCAAGGAUGACUCUGUGCUAUAUUACCCUCACCGAGAUGACUUCCCCAUCCUUCAUGCUCAGACAGACCGAAAACGCUUCAGUUUCACCUACAGGUCAAAGUUCAACGUGUCAUUGCUCUUCCUGCACUGUGAGAUGUCCCUCUGCUCUAGAAGAAAUGACAAGCAGAUAAACCUGCCAGAGUGUAUGUUACCAGAUGAAGCCUGCACUUCCCUCAGUUUGGAAAACAUCCUACAUAUGAUGAUGAACACCAAGACCUUCAGCAAGCCAAUGGUGGUGAUCUCUGACAACACACCUGUCACAGUUAAGGUUCCUGAGGAGACUAAUCCAGGGCGUCCAGGCAUCAUAUAUGUCUUGGACACUCCGACUGUGGUGGGCAUUGCUUUUGCAGCCUUUGUGAUUGGAGCCCUGCUGACUGGAGCUCUAUGGUUUAUCUAUUCACAUACAGGUGACACAGCAGCGAAGCAGCAGGUGCCAAAGUCCCAGUCGGUGUCUGAGAACAGCAGUGCGGCUCAGAGCAUCGGCAGCACACAGAGCACACCAUGUUCAAGCAGCAGUAAUGCAUAGAGUCCAGAGCCCAGCUGGACACAGCUAAGAGACAUCUGCUGCUUCUGUUGUGAUUUAUAUUUGUACAUUUGUGCAAUUUAGUAGCAUACCAUGGCACCGAGAAAACACCAGGCCAUUAUUAGUUUCUUUAUUUGACAUUCAAUAGAAUUAUUGCACAAUUUUGAAAAACACAACCUAAAGCUUCAGUUUGGGCUUAGGGAAGUUACAAAAUAGAAAUACCCUGUCAGUUUUCAAAUGCUGCUUUUUUUCUUAACCCCCACAAGAGAGUGUUGUUUUGACCUCAUAUGGCUGAGAUCAGUAUGUAAAUGACAAAGGAUGUUUACUUAAGUCAUUAAGGCCUAGAGGCCAUCUAGAGGAACAACAGUUCUGUUCGGUACUCAGUGUGGUUUUGCCAGGAUCUAUUUCUGCACAUAAACAAAGAUCAGUGCCUUACCAACUCAAGCAUCCACAUAUCAGAGCUACAUGAGAUAUGAGACACCAGUUUAAAAAAUAGGCAUAAUUACAUUUCAUCACAGGACAGUUCCAAUUGUUAAUCAAUGAUACUUUUUUUUUUUUUGCUAUAUUAUAGUAUACAGUAUAUUAUUCUGUAUACUAUAAAUCUCUGACUGACAGUGAUUGGUGUCAAAACUUAUAAGAGGCAUUUGAACUAAGACAGUUUUAGACAUUGUAAAAUAAUGUAUAUUUCUGUGAAUAUUGUAUAAAUUAUAUAGAGAUUUAAAUUAGGGCUGCAACUAACGAUUAUUUUGAUAAUCGACUAAUCUAACGAUUAUUAGAAUGAUUAUUCGACUAUUCGGGCGAUUAUUGCAACGAUUAAUCAUUUGCUCUUAACCGACUAUUCAGCUUGUACCUUGACUUAAAAGGAUGUAAUAUACAUGCUUACUAAUAAUAAAGAAGACAGAAUCAUCUUUUAAAAAUACCUCUAAAUGACUGAAUUAAAGGGGAAAAAAAAGACUUUUUAUUAAGUUUAAUUCAGUAAAACAGUUCACUACAAAUCAGUUUCACUUCACAAAAAUCAUAUUGUAAUCAAGUGUUUUGUCUUGUUUCCAUUUAAAAAUAUCUAAAAAUCCUUUAAACAAGAUACAUUUACCUGAGAAACAACAUAUCAUAUAUUUAGACUUGCUUUCAGAGGAUGUAUCUUGAAUAUAAGUGAAUUUUGUAUAUAAGUGUAUUUUUUCACUUGUUUAUUCAUCUGCGAGUGCAGUAAAGUCAAAAUAUACUUCUAUUCAAGAUCUAUUCUCUGAAAGCAAGUCUAAAUAUAUAAUAUGUUGCUUCAGGUAAAUGUAUCUUGUUUUAAGGAUUUUUAGAUAUUUUAAAAUAUUAAAAUAUUUAAUAUUAUAUUCAACAUUCUCAGACAACAAAUUUGUCUUCUGCAGUAUAGCUGCUAAAGUAAAUGUACUUUAUUUUAAAGGAAUUUUAGAUAUGUAUAUUGGAAAACAAGCCAAAACAACAACAAACCAAAAAAGUAUUUAGUUGCUGUGUAGAUAAUGGGCGAAGACCACCCUCUCACCUUUUUGUUCACAUCGAUCCACCUUUAACUCUCAAAAAACAAACUCUCUCUUCUUAAUAGAGCUGCAUAUCGUCAAUUUUCUUCAUGAUAAGAUACACACUGCAACACAUAUGUAUUAUGAUUCAUGUUGUGUACAUCAGCCGGAUACAGUUUCAAUCUCCUCCUUAGAUCGGGUUACUUCACGCGACUCAUAGAAGUGGCGCUGACCGUACAGACAUAUGCCAGUUUUGGAGUUUGGAGUUAUUUACAUGACCUGCUUCCUUAUUAUUUGAACUUUAAGGUGUUUCCUUUAAAGAUGCUCUGACAUGCAAGUUUUGCUUCAGUGGAACGGCAGCCCCGGCUCCGCAGUAUUUCACAAUGGGAGUGCUUCUGUAUUUAGUUAUUUUGUAUUUUUGUAUAAUUCCCUCAUACUCUGUGAUCUACAUCACCUGAAGCUGUUUGGAAAGUUUGGAGUGCAUCUGGAUUGUCUGUGUCUUCUUCCUCUCCUCAGUCAGGCGCGAGCUGCAGUGCUGCUCUUGUGCGCCAUCAUUAGUUUUAUAUCUGAUCUCAUGUUACAGAUCAGAUGACUAUUCGACAACUAAAAUUUUUGUAGACAAUUUAUUAUUGUUGACGUUGUCGAUUACGUUGACUAAUUGUUUCAGCCCUAAUUUAAAGUAGAAAUACCAUCAUACAAAAGAUUUAACUAAUAUCAAAUAUUUAUCAAAAGUUUAUACACAUUUAUAAGAUAAUGUUAAAGUUAUACAUUUAAUAUGCAUGGAUUUACACAUGCAGAUUAAUUGGCUGAUGUACAUGUACCAGAAAAGAUAAAUAAAUUUACAAGAAAAUAAAAUUCUAGUUGUAGUUAGUUAUUUCAGAAUAUAAUGUUAACACUUUUACACCUCAGUUUGGACCCAGAAAUCAUAAGCCACUAUUAGAGUUUCAAUAACCUUACAGUUUCAGAUAGUUGUAAUGAGAAGCAUUUUAUUAAUCAAAAAUGGCCAUUUAUAGAUUUUAUUGAAUGUGACUUUUACAUGCUGGGCAUUAUUGUUAACAUAAGUAUAAAAUUUGUGAUUUUUCAGCAUUAUAUUUGGACAUUAUCCAUCGUCAGUGUGAAAUUAUGGAAUUAAAAUGAUUAUUUGUUCAAAAUGCUAACAGUCUGAAUCUAUGGGCCAAUUCAACAAAUAUGUAUAUGAUCUAAAGCCAAAGAAUGGGCAUUUAUUUCCGUGUCUUUUAGUGUUACAGUAACCCCCCUUGUAAAUAUGUCUAGAAAAUCAACAUUUCUUCAAAAAUUUCUACUGUGUAUGUGGUUAACAUUUUGGAAUUUUGUAUGAAACAUGUUUAGGCAUACACUUUAAAAGUGCUAGUAAAUGUAUGAAUGCUAAGCAGAAUAACCCCACCAUCAAAAAUGUACAUGAAUGUCAUAACAUUUAAAGUGCCUUGACUUUGUGUAUAUGCAUUGUUUCUUUCAGAGAUAAAAAUGAGGCAAGAAGGGAACUGGUGGUUUUUGCUUUGCUUUAGGCAGAGUGUAUUGUGUAUAUCCUCUGAUGUGAAAAUCAACCAAAUCUGUGCUUUGUUAUUUUUAAUAUGGCUUGUUGUGUUUGUUUGCUGCAGAUUGUACCUAUAGAAUGUACUUUAUUUCAAAUCUUAAUUUCAGUGUUUAAUGUAAACUUGUAUAAGUGUCUCCUGUAAGAGGAAAGAGAGUAAGAAUUUAUACAUUGUGUAUAAAGUUAUAUUUUUCCAGAGAUAUAUACAUAGAGCCACCCUAUAAUUCUGUCUGCAUACUGUGAAUUUUUGUGGGCAUAUUUCUAUAAAUUUUACGUGUUUUCUCUAAAUCUAAGCAUAGUCCAUAGUUGAAGUGAUAUUAUCUUACAAAAUCAUAGAAAAUAAGAUAUUUUAUUACAGAUAUUAUAUAUUUUUUACAACUAUCUUUUAUAUGAGAACACUAUAUUAUUUGAAAUGCAAAAUAUAUUUUGAUGAUGCAAAUGUUUUAUCUCUCUUAAGCUCUUCAUUGUUGACGUGUCUGUGUGAAUGGUAUACUGUAAACUCUGUGUGUGUAUGUCCAUGUUUGUGGGUUUAAAUUAAUGAGUAUAUGCAUAGUCUUGUAAAACGGUUAUUGUUUCACCUGGGAAUGUUUAAAACAAUGCUGCCAUGUAUAACGGAGAGUUUGAAACUCUGAUAUGUGAUAAUCAAUAGUCAUUAAAUGGUUUGUAGAGGUAACAAAGGCAUUAUUGUUUUUGUUUUUUAAUCUAGAAUAGAUAAGUUGAAAGGCCUUUCUCUCAUUCCAUGAAACACUCUAUCUGGUGAUAAACUAAACUCUUGCUUGCAUUCAUACUUAAACUCCAAACUUGCGUUUAUACUGCUAUGGUUGACACACAGUAGUUUUCCUGUAUGUUAAAUGGUGAAAUUGAUGGUGCAGUUUUGUCUUUCUGUUUGUGGAUGUUUGUUAUCUUUCAAUUAUCUCUGAUGAUUUACAUAUCUUUCAGAUCAUGUUAUCUACCUCAUUUGUGUGUGUCUGUGUUUGCAUAAAGCUUCAUUGUCAUGUCAUCAAGAAUAUUUUACUUUUACUGUACAUAUAACUUGAUGUUACAUCAAAUGUAUCACAUAAAAUGUUUUCUGCUAGAUUUGACAGUUCACUCCUCUCUCUGACAGAAGAGGAAAACUGAAAGAUGUAAAUGUGAACCAAUCAGAAUUAGACUUAUUCAGAAUUUCAGGCUGUCUAGCUCUGAAACUAAACACUAUUUCUGAGGGUUUUUUCAAUGGUAUAUGAAAUCUUUUGUUAUUUGUAAAUACAACAUACUGUAAAUAUGCAUGCUAUAUGCAUGCUUUGUAUAUACCAAAUAAAUUCUUGUAAUCUUU